CCCAAUUCCAAAAGUGGCCCAAUUGUCCAGAUUUCCAAAAAUUAAAUCUAUUCCCUUAAAAUUAUUACGGCUUCCCCUUUUCCUUUGGCUAUUGCGGAAACCAAGAUGCAGGAGCAGGCCGAGCAACUGAAAAGCCGAACACUGGAAUCCGAACAAGAGCACCGAGCAGUCGAGCACCGCCGUCGCCCGGCCGCCGCGUCGCCGCCUGUCCGUCACAAGUACAAAUUUCAGGAUUCGGCAAAUAUGGAGGCACCGGAACCAGGGCGGAAUGGCUCUGUUAAGAAUCUCCAUCGCCGAUCCAAAUCAGAGGGAAUUAGUUUAUCCUCGGAUCUACCCCCCGAGCAAAGACAAUUUUCCCAGGUGCUACCACCCCCUUAUAGAAGAAAAUUGUUCCAAGAGCUGAAUGUGGAUGAUACACAGGGUUCAUCUGUCAAAAAGAGGAAAUUGUAUCUUGAGCUGAAUGUGGCUGCACAAGGUUAUGGUAUCAGCGAAAAGGGACUCUAGACACGCUGUUACUCAUGUUGUUAAUGCUUUUGAUGAGGUUCACCGAUAUUUUUUGCACACCAUGUCUAAUGAGAACUGCUUAACAAGACUACUUGUACCAGCUUCACAUGCAAAAAAGUUGAUUAUUCUCUACACAAUCAAGUCCGAUAAUCCGUGUCAACUUACUAUGUAUCUAACAGAAUGGCAUUCGUCCAUCAUAUCCUAAAAUAUACACACCUGGAAAAGCACCCUCAUGCGUGAAAGCUCAAAGAGACUUUAUGGUUCAUGAGUCCACAGAAAUUCCUUUGUCGUAUAUUGAUUAUCUUAUUGGUGAAGAUGGUACAAAUAUUAAAAAGAUAUGGAAAUCAAGUCCGACGGCAUCUGUUUCCUUGAACCCGUUUACACUUAAAGAGGUGAUUAUUUCUAUAGAGGGUGAAGGUGAUUUCGAAGUUGAGGAUGCUCAGAAUGCAAUAGAGGAUUUAAUUCCAGAUGAUAAAAAGAUAAACGGAGAGCGUGUUUUUGAGGCUACGAUGGAAAUGGUGCCCUUAAAUCUGAUUUCUUUUUAAAUGAACGGUGUUGAUUAACUUCCUUAUCCUAGAUCUGCUUAGCUUCUCAAUUAACGGAGAUUUUCUAAAUAUUCUCCGUCACCUCUUCGCCACACUUUAUCAUCGGCACUCUUUAAUCUUCGGCGAGUCUUGGCCACUCUUUAUCAUCGGCGACUGAGUUCAUCUCUCCCGACAAGUACACCGGAGCUUGGAGUGCUGGACACUGAUUACAUCCAUAUAAUGGAUUUAAUGUGUGUGGAGGAACCAACACCGCUACUAACAUCUGAGAUGAGCACCUCCGAUCCACUUGUCGGGUUUUGUGAGUCCUUUUCAACACCAAGAAAAGUAAUAAAUGAAGAGCAUCACGAAAAUAUUUCCAAGGUUGGAAUGAGUUUUGCAACGGUUGAUGAUUUUGAAAAUUUCUACAAUGCUUAUAGUUCAUCUAAUGGUUUCUAUACAAGAAAACGGAGCAGUAUAGGUGAUGGAUAUCGUAGGUGGGUGUGUCGAGCAGCAGGAUUUAAAGAUGUUGCAAAAAAACAAGUGGAUAUAAGUGGAAAGAAAAAAAGGAAAACAUCCUCCAGUCUUUAUACAAAGAAAAUUUGUCGAGAAUCUUAGCAUAUAUAGAUGCAAGUGAACAAGAGCAACCUAUCGGUGAUAUUGUAGUUGUUUCUAAGAUUUUUAAAUUCGAAACUUGUUUAAAUUCAAAACUGGAAUUUCAUGUAUGUUAAUUUGUAACCAAAUGCGAAACUGAAAUUUCAUGUAUGUUGAUUUGGUUAUCACUGCUAUGUUUUUGGUUC